AUGGUAGUCUGCGGCUUCUUGACGUAUCAGGAGUGGAAUCAAGAUUCUGUUCGGUCGCAGGCAAAGGAGGAAGGCGCCUUGAUAGCGCGACUUCCUGUGCAAGUCCAGAUGGAUGGACAGGUUGUGGACGCCCAGCUCAGCGAUCUCCGAGUUGGGCGACAGAUGAAAUCGCGCCGGCCUGUCCUCUGCCUGGGUGAUCUCAAGUUCUGUCAAGAGUGCAUCAAAGCAUCGAAAGAGUUGUCAGAGGCCAUGACACGCUGCGACUUCCUCCUGGUACCGGUGCUUUGCAGCCCUUCCGCGGAGGACACGUCGGCGCUCGCUGCAGCUGUUCAAGAUCUGCAGUUUGCUGCACUGCCUGGCAAGGAUCCAAAGGGAGACUGGGCGCAGCUCUGUGAGAUUCAGUUGGCCCAGGUACGAAGCCAGGGUUUGGACGAGGCCGUUGGCCAAACAAUCAUCAUUAAGAAGAAUGGCAGGGUUGGGACUCGAUGCCUUGGAGUUCCGGACUGGAAAUCGCUAACAGCGGAGGUGGAUGCUCGUGUAAAGCUGGGCUUGGACACGAGGAACAUCUGA